AUGAAAGAAAAACUUGAAACAUUAAAGGUCCUUGAUCAGGAAAUUCUUGAACUAGUUGAUGAAGAGAAUAUUGAGGAAGAAAUUGAACACUGUGAUAUUUCUAGAGAAGGACUGCAAUUGGCUUUAGAAAAUGUAGAAAGAGCACUCAAUAAUACCUCUAGCAUGUUUGGUUCAUCUGCAUUAUCUGAUGUGACUGAAAAUGUAACAAGUAACACCCCACCAAUGGCCAGUGAAACCCCAGCAUCACCUCAAGGUGGUGACAGUAAUGCAAGCAUGUUACUAUCACAGAAUCAAAAUUCAAGUCAGCCUGGUACAUCCAGUGAAAAUGAAAUCCCUAAUAUGGGUCAGUCUUCUACAUCAAUUGUGAAUCCACCCCAACCAGUAGAACCUCUUACCAUACAUGUACCACCAGCAUCACCCGGGGGGCAUACAGCAGCCCAACCAAUCAAUCAUGUAGCGCAAGUAAAGUUGCCAAAGUUAAUCCUAAGAAGGUUUUCUGGUGAUCCCAGCCAGUGGAACCCAUUCUGGGAUACAUUUCAAGCCUCUAUCCACAAUAAUCCCUCCUUAGCACCAAUUGAUAAGUUCAAUUAUCUUAAGUCCUUCAUGGAUGGAGCUGCAGCUGAGUCUAUUGCAGGGUUAUCUCUAAGUAAUGCAAAUUAUGAAGAAGCAAUUGUUAUUUUGAAAGCAAGGUUUGGGAAUAAACAGCAAAUUAUAAAUCGACAUAUGGAUAUUUUGUUAAAUCUCCCAUCAGUUACAUCUGAAAAUAACCUGAAGGGUUUGCGCCAACUUCAUGACACAGUGCAAUCGCAUAUCAGAAGCUUGAAAUCGAUGGGAGUAGAACCUGAAUCGUAUGGGAACCUUCUUUCUUCAAUGUUAAUGUCAAAGCUACCGACAAACUUGCAGCUGGUUGUUAGCAGAGUGGUUAAGGAAAACGAAUGGAAUUUGGACAAACUACUGAAAACCUUCCAGCAAGAACUAGAAGCCAGAGAGAGAAUUAAAGCACCUCCAACCAACAAGGAUUUCAAGAAACACCAUGGUUCAGCCUCAGCAUUGGUUAAUAACAGCACUGGUAAUAACCCAAGUUGCACUUACUGCAGAGGACCCCACCCAUCAAAGGACUGUACAACUGUGACUACUCCGGCUGCUCGUCAAGAUAUCUUAAGGAAGACGGGGAGAUGUUUUGUGUGCCUACGAAAGGAUCAUAUCAGCCCAAAUUGUAAGUCAACAACGCGUUGCUACGUGUGUAAGGGGCGACAUCAUAUCAGCAUAUGCAAGGGCAAGAAGCCACCUCCACCUCCUAAAGACCCCCCAGAGGAACAUGAGCAAAACAGUCAAACCAGGCAAAGGGAAAACCCACAGAGAAACCCUAGUCCGACAACCGAUCCGGAUGCAACUGUGUGUCACACAACGUCAUCAAACUGUGUUCUUCUUCAGACUGCUAGGGCGAAUAUAUAUAAUCCAGAUAAUCCUGAGGGUCCCAAGAUCAAGGCUAGACUAAUUUUGGAUGGUGGGAGUCAGUGUUCAUAUAUCAGCAAUGAACUGACAGGAUCUCUCAGUCUACAGUCAAGGGGUCAAAGUUCGAUAAAUAUAAAAACGUUUGGCUCCAACGCGACUAAUGCUCAAGUUAUUGAUGUGGUUAACCUUGGUAUAGAAACUGCCCAUGGAGCGAACAUUGAAGUAUCAGCGUUCACUGUGCCGUUAAUUUGUCAGCCAUUAAAGAACCAGUUCGUGUUGAAUGCUAGCAAGACCUACCCGCAUCUGGCCAACCUCUACCUAGCUGAUUACUCGUCAGGUCACCACAAUGCGAAAGUGGAUAUCUUGAUCGGUUCCGAUCAUUACUGGAAGAUUGUGACAGGAAAAACCCGACAGGGAAGUAGCGGUCCAACUGCCAUUCAAACAAGGCUUGGUUGGGUUCUUUCUGGGCCUGUUGGAAAUGAAUCACGGAAAUCAACCCACACCAGCAAUCUUGCUACAAUCCAUACCCUAAAAUGCGCCUCUGAAGAAGUUGAAUGUAAGAAUGAUGUCCUUGUGCAAGAGCUGAAGAGAUUUUGGGACUUAGAAACUGUUGGUAUUCAACCACAGUGUGUGUACGAAGAAUUUCUAGAAAGUAUUCAGUAUGCGGAGAAUCAUUAUGAGGUAAAGUUGCCAUGGAAACCCGAUCAUGCUGAACUGCCUAAUAACUAUGAUCUUAGCAAGAAACGUCUAUUAGGGUUGCUGAAGCGAUUGCGUAACGAGCCUGAAGUCCUUAAGGAGUAUGACAAUGUGAUAAGAGAUCAGCUUAACAAGGGAAUCGUGGAGUCCGCACCAGAACCAAACGAAGAAAUCAAGUGUAUGCACUAUUUACCUCAUCAUGCUGUCAUCCGUCAAGACAAAACAACAACCAAAUUGAGAGUAGUGUAUGACGCCUCGGCGAAGUCAAGAGGACCUUCACUUAACGACUGCCUGUAUAGUGGUCCCUCGCUGACUCAGAACAUCGUUGACAUAAUGAUGCGUUUUCGGACAUACAAGGUGGCCUUAACUGGAGAUAUAGAGAAGGCUUUCCUCAUGAUCCAUGUAGCAGAGUCUGAUAGGGAUGCAUUGAGAUUCCUGUGGGUCGAUGAUGUACAUAGCCCAAACCCUAAGAUUAUCCCAUUUCGAUUUACCAGAGUGGUGUUUGGUGUGUCAUCGAGUCCUUUCCUACUAAAUGCCACAAUAAAACACCACAUUGAACAGUACCGAGAAGAUGAUCCGAGUUUUGUGGAAACGUUCCUGAAUUCGAUUUAUGUGGAUGACCUUAUUUCCGGUGGUGAAAGUGUGGACAGCACAUUCAAACUCUAUGAAGAUUCAAGAAACCGAUUGGCAAAGGCCAACUUCAAUUUGCGAAAGAUAACCACGAAUUCUAAGGAACUCCAAGAGCUGAUAUGUCAAGCCAACCAACUGUUGACAAAGAAUGAUGCAUCGAGUGGAAGUAUCAUGACUAGAGCUGAUACCAAUAAGCCCAAGCACUUGGUUCAGGAGGAGCAGUCAUCUUAUGUCGGAAGUACAUUGGGUCCUCGCCUUCCAAUCAGUGAUGAUGAACAGAAAAUUCUAGGAACCUUAUGGGAUUCUUACGAGGACAAUCUUAUUAUUGAUCUCAAGGACGUUGCAGAGUUGGCGAACAACGUUCAACCUACGAAGAGAAAUGUGAUCAGUGUUUCUUCCAAGAUUUACGAUCCUAUGGGUUUUAUAUCCCCAUUAACAAUAAAUUUCAAGCUGUUGUUUCAAGAACUCUGUAUGGCAAAGGGCGACUGGGAUCAUCCACUUCAGGGAACCCUAAAAUGCAACUGGCAGAAAUUAGUUGAAAACCUGAGAGAAGUCCAACCUGUUGUCAUUCCAAGAUACUAUGUGUCCGAUGUGCAGGAGCACAGACUCCAGGGCCCUGUAUGGCAAAGGGCGACUGGGAUCAUCCACUUCAGGGAACCCUAA